CCCAAUCACAGCUAGGAUUCAAUCCCAGUCAAAUACCUUCAUCUUCUCAUUAACCACCGUAACACCACAUCGAACAUCAACACCUUAGGCAGCACCGCGUCACCACCCCACAGACAGAAGUACCUCAACCAUCACGACAGUCUGAGAGCGUAACAGAUACCAUAUUUCCCUAGUCGUGGGUUUCCGUGCUGACUUCACAAGGAAACUGAAAAUCUCUCGUCGUGGUCGUGCGGAAAGGCCUGCGAUGUACUUUCGUCGCCUUGAUCCAAUUCUGCGCCAGUUCUCCCCAAUCGCCCCGCGACCCCGCCUCACACCGCACUGCGGUGGAGCCCCAAAUGCGGGCGUAGACGGAGAGGACCCAGCUGUUGCACGGGAGGCUAGAACUAGAACUGUCGAGGCCGGCAAUGACGCGUCGACGAACGUGUCGCAGUCAAAGCGCAAGCGUAAAGCGAAGCGUCGCCUCACGGUGGGGAAGGAUGUGAACAAGAGCAAGCGGCUGAAGAUGCAGCAGCAGCAUCUCGAGGAGGAGUACAUUCAACAGAUCCUCGCAGGCAGCGAUCAUGAUGUCUAUGAGGACGACGAGGAGAUCUUCGACUCGAUCCACGUUGCCAACGGCAAACUGAUGAAGCUGUCACCUCAGGCACAGGAUCCGGCUGCAGAUGGACCUAUAGAGCUAGCACCUCUGUCAGCCGGCCUUGCUCCUAUUGGAGCGGGGACUGUGCCUGUCAAUAAGUCCGGCAGUCAGCCGACAACACCCGUUGCUGACGCGAAAUCAGCUGCUACCAAGUUAGCGAAGAGCGAGGGGCAGAAAAAGACACAGGGAAAUAAGCAACCCAACCAAUUACGUCAGUCCCUCGCUGAGUGACCUGUCGGAGGCCAAGACGAGGCAGCGAGAGUGGACUUCGAGCUCGAAAAAGUUAUCGAAGAGGGG